AUGACCGAUAAUAAGGUUCUCUACGUUGGUUGCGUUGUUGUCACCCUGAAAGAGGUUCGCGUCUGCGGGAAGCAGCUGGAGUGUGAAGCGACCCGCAGUGGUGGCGCCCAGUUCUGCGUGCGUACUGCCGUGGCCGUGGCAGAGACUGCAAACCACAGCAUACAUGAGCGUUUCUGUGAGCGCGUCAACUCCAGCAUAUACUCCUUUAAAAACAGCACGAUGAUGGAACAAAUGGUGGUACCGGUGAUGCUGUUGCGUUCCCCAUCAACCAUCGCCACGAUGAACGGGAGCAAACACAAUGACAAGGUCAAUACCAACGGUAGUGCCGAUCGCGUCAGGAAUGGUAACAGCGAUGUGACUGAUCUGGGAGCGAACGGGGAGGAUAUGGAUGUAGGGCUAGAUCUGUUUUUGGAUAUCAGUUUCUUGCAUGGAGAAUCUAUGGUAUGGAGUCUGCGACGCCGAGUUGAGGUGGAGUCAUUGGACGCAAUCGCCUCGCAGAAUUGUGGAGUUGCAGUUGCGCGCGUGAGUACCGAUGUCCUGCAAAGCAACGGUGUGUUGCCGACUUCAGAGGCUGUACGGGGCGGUUCCGCCGCGUGUGAUGCCAGCGAUGGACGUGAGGAUGAUGAAUGGUCAGGGUUAGAGUUGCACGUCAUUGUGCGGUCCAUGGACAUGUCCGAGCCGAUUCGGCUGAUGGUUGCCGCAGAGCGGGAGGCGAGCGCGUUUCUGGACUUACCUCAGAGAGAACCCCAAACAGUAUUCUUGUUACCGCUGCGGCAUGCCAUGCCAUACAACGCGCUUCCGCUUGAGGUACUGUACCAGUUUUAUUGCUGUUUCUAUGAGUAUUUCUUUAACAAGCCUGUUAAAGUCUUUGGGCACGUGGUGAAUAUGCUGCGUACCCGGCAACCUGGUGGAAUGGGUGACAACAAAACACGCGGUGGUGCUGUUACAGAAGGACGCUGGAGCGAGUUACGCUCCGCUGACCUACGUCCCUUACUUCUCGGUGAAGAUGCAUUAGCGCCGGUACUGGCCACACUGUUUCACUGCCCAGGGUUACGUGAGUUACUGUUGGACCAAAACAGUUUGAGUGAUAUAACGUGCUACCGUAUUAGAUCCCUGUUUUACCGCCACCGCCACUUAGAGACGCUGUCCAUCGCAAGGAAUAAUAUACAUGAGGGUGGCGGCGAGCAGCUUGUGCGCCUCAUACGUCGGAACAAGCGUCUUAUUGAUGUGAAAGCCUCUGGCAACCAUUUCACGCACUCUAUGUCGUCGCGGAUCCAGCGUGUGGCGAGUCUCAACGAGGAGUACAUAAGGGGGGACCCUUACAAUGUCUUUUCAUCUGCGUAUUCGUAUGUUGUGUCUCCCACAUCGUUCCCGGCUAGCAUUAUAAAACAAGCACUAGCUGUUUGGGCGAUGCUCUCAGCGGCGCCGGUAAGCACGGUAAUUGUAGACUGCGUCCCUAACAGCACUUUUGGGAUAGACUUAAUGGGUUCUCCCAACAAUAUGAAAAGCAACGGUUCCCUCCACGGCUCUGCACUUGACAACGGUGUUGUGGAAGCUACUGAUAAGGCGUUGGAGUCCAGCCAAGCUACUUCAAUUCCCCAUUGUGCGCUCUCGCCUCUCCUGAAUGAAGUGAUGCGGACUGUUGCACUACGAAUGUCGUCCAUUUUACACGACCCGUGGGCACUCCUUGUGUUCUCUGAUAUUGAAAGUCAUUGGGAACGGUGCACCAUAACACUGAGGGAACAGAAGGAAAAAUGCAGCAAACAGGACGCCCAGGCCGCCGCAGACGGGCGAGAAGAUGGGCCUGCAAGCAUAAGACAUGGUGAGGCAGCGUUGUGCGAGGUGGAGGACUUGUACGCCAUAUCAUUUCUUCACCUUGUGGUAGUGACAAUGCGAGCCGUUGGAAGGGCAAUGGACUGGGAAGACGCGUCUUCGGUGCUUCGCGAUAUUGGAAGGAAGCAGAUGGCUAUAGGCAUUUUAGAAGAAAACUACCGUGAUGCUAUCCAGAUCUUUGUCCAGUCACUUGCAGUGGUGUGUGGGAAAGACGAAGCUGACGUUGAGCACUCCGCAGCAUUCCUUCAGUGCCUCGCCUUAGGCGUCAGGACUGCAGUAGCAGCGUAA